UCACAGGUAAGGCUCAUUUAGCAGCCUGUCAGUCAGAGAACCAGAGAACACGGCGCGAGGACAAUGAGGCUCAUUUCAGAGCUGAGAUUGUUCUGGAAUGUUUGAUGUAUAACACGUGGGUAUGUGUCACAUGCAAAAGACUAAACGGUGAAUUUAAUUUAUUUUGUAAAAUGUAUAAAAUGCCCCCAGCCUCCAGAGGGUUAACGUGACAUAUGUGAAUGUCAGUCAGUUACCAAGGCCACUGGUUCUGCUGCUGUUCAAUGUUAAAGAUGACAGGACCAAUGGGGUCUCAAUAUACCUCAUUUUUUUUACUAAUCUGAUGUUUCACUGAAGAAACAAUUUAUCAUCCACGAUAUUAAAUACCUCGCUGGCACUGUAUAUGUAGGAGCCUCUUUGAAAACACAGCUCUGUGUGAAGUUUUGUCUUUAAAAAGAAUGAACUUUUAACUUUUAAUCGCGAUUAAUUAAUCGCAAUUUCAAAAUGUGCGAUUAAUUAGUUACUUUUUUUUAAUCGAUUGACAGCUCUAGUAACAAUUGCUGACAUGUUUUUUCUCAGCAAUUGUGUUUCAGAAAUAUUGUGCCUUCUCCCAUUGAUCUGUGCUCUGUGGCCUGGAGUGAACCUCCACUGACACAUUUACAUUUGAACAGUUGCUUCUUUCCAUCCACACACAUUUGGUGGCUCGCUGAAGACUAAACAUCUGGUUGCUCCACACCUAUUAGGUGUGUGAGGAGGUGUAUGCCUCUAUAAAUGUCUGUGUAGAAGUGCAGGUAUUACAAUGUUUUUCAAAUAUAGUGUUUUUUAAAUUUUGUAUUGCCUUAUACAUCAUUAAAGAGUCGGUUGACCAAUAUCACUAUAUAUUCCUCCAACCUAUCAGUGCUGAACCAAAAGGUUAAGGACUCAAAAGCAGACUAAGGAGACAGGGCAGUAGCCUAAGUAAAAAAAGUGGUAUGUUGUGGAAAUUUGAAUGGGUGACUGUUGCUCAGCGGUUCAUUCCCGGCUCCACUAACCCAUAUCGAUGUGUCCUUGGGCAAGACACUUAACCCCAAAUUCCUCCCGUAGCUCUGACUACAGUACGUGAAUGUGGGUCUGACACUAGUCAGUGUGUGAAUGGGUAAAUGUAAGAAAGUGCCAACAAUAAUGAGGUGUUUAAUGGAAUGGGGGGGGGACAGACUUUGGAAGCCAUAUACAGUGUGGAUUAUAUAAUAUAUACAGGCACGUGCACAGAUAGAGCCCUAGUGGUGCUCAAGCACCAGCCCUUUUGCCCUGGAUGAGAAAAGUGCCCUUUUUGCUGGAGCCACUUUUUUUUCAUUCAUCAGUAUUUAAGAAUAAAAGUUACUCUCUCUGUAAUCAAUUCCCCCCAAAUGUAUUUUGAUAUCCGACGGGGCAUUUAUUUGAGUUCUAGUGAGAAUUUCGCCCCGACAUGCUCCGCGACGCUCACAACCCCCCUCCUCCCCCCGCCGCGCCCCUCCCUCAGUGUUGCCAGGUCCGCGGUUUCCCCGCGGAAUUGGGCUACUUUUGAAGUGUUGCCGCGGGUUGAAUUUUUUGUCCGCUGGUUCGGGUAGACCUAUUUUGCAUGCAAAUUACAUGAAUAUCUUUAAAUAAAAAUCCAUAUUUUAAAUGAAAUAAUUUAUUUAUACCCAAAUCCUACCAAACUGACUCCAGAUCAGCACAUACACACAUUUUAUUUAUGAUAAUGUACUGUAUCUAAUUACACAAGGCCAUUUUAGGACCUAGGUGAAAUAACUCUUUCGGGAAAACUGCUUUUAAUGCUGGCAUACUAAACAUUUGGUGUUACUUUGUAGAGAUUACAAUACAUUUGGCAAUGAUAGCAAUGCUGUUGGACUUUAAAAGCAGUGUAUAUGGUUUGGCACGGGCAUAUUUUGAGUUCUGAUAUUGGGCUGUUUUUUGGGCUGGUUUUAUUGGCCAUUGGGCUGGUUUUGUCACACAGACCUGGCAAACCCUGAGUGAGAGACGACCUGCAGCAGCACACACACACCUGAGCCUCGCGCAGCGUCUUUUCGCGGCUCUUUUUCGGACCAACAGUUAUUACACGAGAUGAUGAAGAAGACCACCAACUUCUUCCCAGGCAGGAAGGCAGUGUCGUUCCCAUCGGGCCUCCGAUGAGGCCAUGAGGAUUAAAACAGAUCCCUCGCUUCAGGACAAGUCUCCUGCUCAGCUCCAGCAUCGCGUGAGCACCAAUGCUCUCACCGCGCUCCUUCACUGACAGGAGGUGAUGGGGGAGUACGUCCUGUAGUUUGGUAAAUACAAGGGGAAAUUAUUCAGAUGGCUCCUAGAAAAUGACAUUGGCUACGCCAUCUACCUGAUGAAAACGGUAGAAGAAGAGGAGAGCGACUGUGGGAUCGAAACUUUGUUCCAAAGCACAUGCAAAGCCAGCGUCCCACACCUCUUCUGCAGAGCCGGGGAUACCAGCAGCACCAUUCCUUCCUGGGGAUUCACCAUCUCAGAAUAAGGCCCCUGUGGACACACGGAGACACACGGUCCUGGAUCAAGCUCCUCCCGUCUCUGUCGACGCUUCACCCCAGCUUGCAGCCUCUGUCCCUGGUCGUGAUCAGGAUGUGGCUCAGUGGCUCUCAGCAGCCGAGGCUGUGGAUGAAGGCGGAGCUAGAGGGGUUGGGGCUGUGGCCAGGGUCACGUCCAGUACGCCACCUGAUGAACAGGCCGUCCCUGUGGCGUCAUCCACCUCAAGCGGAGCUCAUUGACUCGAUCUCUGACCUGCCGUCCCCGAAGUACUUCCAGCUUCACCCUUUUUUCAUCUGGAAGCCGGAGCACGCGCUCAUGGAGAGGGUGAGGAACAAUCACGUGUUGCCCUGUCUCCACGGUUGUCCUAACCCUCAUGUCGCUUCGUCUGGAGUUGGGAGGCCCAGAGUCAUCAUCGGCACCAGCAGCCAGUACUACAUUUUAGCCUCACGUGUAGGGGCUGUAAGAAGUACUGACGAGCCCCAGUGGCUGGAGAUGCUGCCGCAGCGCUUCCGUGACAUUGUGCCGACUUUCUGACGCACAAAAAGGCCGUCUGCAAGUCAGUGAUGGACAAGAUGAGGCGCAGCGGUAGGUCACCGGAGGACAUGGCUAAGCAGCUGACGGAGACGCUCCAUCUCAAGUCCGAGAGAGCUCACCUGGCCUACCUGCUGAGCGUGCAGAACGUCAGGGAUGCGGAGGCAGGGCUCUCCGGCCAGAGAACCAUCACUGGGCUCCUCAGACAGGCCGACGCUCCAGAGGCAUUUGGCGGCUACUCCGAUGCUGACGGCUGGUGUGGAGUCUCCAUUUCAUCCCACCUCACUCUGCUGCUGCAGGGUAGCUUCAGACAGGCGCUGAGGUCCGACCACACCCGCAAAGUGGCGAGGAAGGUGGUGCUGUGGUCCGGCACCAUGUCAUCAUACGCCGUGAUGAACGAGAACUGGAUGAUCCUGAGCUGAAGCUGCAGUCAGAGUGGACCGGUCCCUUCAUGCCAUGUAUGAGGGUCUGAGUCAACGCUACACUGCAGCUGGAGUGGAGAAGGCCGGCUUCCAGCGGGUGGACAGGCAUGAAGAACUAGUUUCAGUUUAAAACAUAAUUUUCAGUUUUUGACUUGGACGUUAUAUAGUUUAGUUGUCUUGGGUUUUUUUUAAUGAAAAGAUAUAAUUAGUUGGAACACUUCAGGUUGAUUUAUUUUAUAUUGUAAAAUAUAUUGAGGCUCAAUUUGUACUCAAUAAAUUGUGAGAUGUUUUUAGCUGUGAAUUUAUUUCCCAUGUUUUAGGGACUGCUGUGCUGCCUUCAGGGUCCUGCAGGCUGGAGCUCAGGAGCAGCUCUUGUGGGACUGCUGGAGGACCUCAGAGGCAUCGUCUGGGAACCUGGAGAACACCAGCGCCUCAAGGACCAAGUUCAACAACGAUAUAACCAUCGAGUUGGACUUGUUCCACUGCAUGCGGCGCUUCAGUCUCGGAGCAUCACUCUCUCUCCACCUUUCUGCCAGUUCCUCUCUGCAGCUUUCCUCGUUGUGGACCAGGGAGAUCUCCAGAGGCUCAAGGAGGCGAACACCUUCUGUGGGAUCUCUCCUCCUAAUCCCACCAAGCUGCACAUGAGAGCGCUGCAGGUCCAAGGUGCCACAGCCCCGAGAGCUGCUGCAGAGGGUGGAAGACGUCCUCCAUCACUUCUACAUCUCAAAAGAUGUCAACCUGCUCCUCUACAAAUCCUCCAUGUUAAAGAUAUGAAGGAUGCAGCGUGUGCACAUCUUGAGAGGCUGCCUGAGCGACCCUGAGGUGGGGGAGGGAACCCUGUACAGGUUUGGUGGCACCUUGCAGCUGAACUACACCGAGGGAGAGGGAGCUGCUGCACCCAUCUGGAUCCCUGAGAGAGGCCCCUCUCAGCAGGAGGGCUUCCACUUUCACCAAGCCCAGUGGGUCACAGGGAACCAGGUUUCCUGUGAAGCGCAGGCCAUGACAGGGGUGGUGCGCUGGAACUUCCGGAGACUGGUUGACCUGAAGCUGCCCGGUGUGGAGCUGCCAGCCGUGUUCGACCCCGUGUUGAUAGCAGAGCUGAACAAUUUGUCUGCAAAGGUGACGGCAAAGGCAAAAUAUCCAGCGCUGCAGGUCACCAACGGAGACACAGGAGAGAGAUUCGGUCUGGACUAUGUGGAGCGUUGCUGUCGUCCUGUUCCUCUCAACUGGGACAAGCACAAGACACAGCCAAGCAUAGCCGCUGCGGUCGCCAAGGAGACGGAGCAUCCUGCAGCUGUAGAGGCCACAGACCGUCAGGAGACCAGUGCCACUGUGAGGGAAGCUCCAUCCAGUCUUGUGCCCAUCCUGUCCUUCCACGAGGGGUCUGACGUAAAGUUCCAGCCGCCCUGGAGGCCGUCGUCUGCUCCAGCCGCUCGCACCGGACCGAUGAAAACAGGAGGCAUCGUCCAGGUGCUGGACUACGGCCGGUGGACAGAAGGUGCCAUCGACGGGCUUCUGAUUAAACACCACGGAGCUCCACGCAUGCUGAAGCAGGUGGAUGACGACUACGCCGCCAUGGUCCAGAGGGGGUGCACUGACCCUCACAGUUUGUUACAUCCGACCACAUGCCAACAUAUCUCCAGAUAUGUCAAGUAUCUGGCCAAAAGAAAACCCACCAGCUCCUCUCUGAACACCAGCCCAGAGAAGGUGUUGGAGACACAGCAGCUGUGACAGAGCUUGACCACCGGCAGCCAAACAGUCAGUGUGCCGGUCAUCACCAUGCCUCCUGCAACCGUCAACCCUCCAGCUGUGGCUCCUCUCAAGGAGGAGUCACUGAGCCGGGAUGCAGUGGAGAAGAUGGUGGCUGAGAUCCUGGACAAGCAGCAGAAGAUGACGAGGAACUGUCCGGCCUGCGCUCAGCCAAAGUCCCGCUACCUUGCCGACGGUUCCUCGGUUCAUUUAUUCUUCCAGACCAAGACAGUUAAAGAUUUCUAAUGCUCCACCAAGGUCUUUAAGACGUAUGCAUGCGAAGGCCUGAGAGACCCCCGCAUGUCCUUUGAGGACUUUGCAGCGUCUCCUUUCUUUGAGCGCGAGCUGGAGGCCGCCAAGCAGAGGGGGGCCGAGUGGAAGAAGGUGAAGGAAGAAGAGGAAGAAGAGGAAGUCGGCGGAGCCGCUGCCGACAGGUCGCCUGUGCCGCUGAGGCAAGGCCCCGGCAGCCCUCAUGUUCACAGCUGCUUCCCCGGGGUGUUGGGGAAGUACGUCUACUGCCCCUCCAGGGUGUUCUCCCUGUACAAGGACCAGGGCAUGGGGAAGGAGAUGGCCUGGGGGGACUUCACACAGUCCGCUUUCUAUGAGGCGGAGAGAGACAGAUGGGUCACAGAGAGGAAGAAGAGACCAGACACAUAUAUAGUAUUAGUAAUACUAAUUAAAUGAUACAAUAAGAAUUAUUGGACAAAUAUAAACAGCAUUAUUGCAUUGAUAUUGAUUGCAAAUAUAUAUGUCCAGUACAUGAGAAUGUAUAUAAUUAUUGUUUUGGAAUAAAUAUCGAUAUUUUACUAGAAUAAAUACAAUUAUUGCUGUAUAUAAAUAUUAUAUAAUAAUGUAAAUAUAUAUAAAAUGUGUAUCCAUCCUGACAUUUGAGAAGCUAAAACCAGGUCAUGUUGCUGAUUGUUUCAGCACUUAUAUUAUAAAUAUGUUUUUGAAUACACUACUCUAUGUGUGUG